CCAGAGACAAGCUGAGCCACCCUGGGAGAGUGCUGCCAGACAGCUGCUGUCACCAGGCACCUAACAAGAAGGACAAGGAAGCUUCAUACGCCCCACCUCACCAAGGUCAGAGUACAUCUGUGUCCCAGCAGCGCCUUGCCCAUGCCCGGGCCCUAACCUGCCAUAUCCUGCCGGCUCCCGUGCCCAGAAUGGCCCACACUGAGGUCCCGCAGCAGCCCCAGCCCUUCUCCGCCGGAGCCACCACCACCGACACCGAGGGCCCUGCCGAGGGUCACGACCUGGAGUGCCCGGUGUGCCGGGAGCCCUACAGCUGUGCCCGACCGCCCAAGCUGCUGGGCUGCCCGCACUCCUUCUGCGCCGUCUGCCUGAAGCUCCUGCUGCGUGUGCAGGACAACACCUGGUCCAUCCCCUGCCCUGUGUGCCGCAGGGUCACUGCCGUCCCCGGGGGCCUCAUCUGCAGCCUGCGCGACCAGGAGGCCGUGGCGGGGCAGCUAGCCUGGCCAUGCCCAGAGAUGCAGCCCUGUCCUUGGGAGCUGGUGAAUCCUGUCGCCUUGACGGCAGGGCACCCCAGCUUGGCGGGAGAGGAUGAGCAGGAUGUGGAGAGUGUCAACCACACGGCAGCGCGGCGCCUGGUGGCACACCUGCUCCUACUGGCCUUGCUCAUCGUCCUCAUCCUGCCCUUCAUCUACCCCAGUGUCAUGCAGUGGAUGUUCACCUUCAUCAUCGCCCUGGCCCUGCUGAUGUCCACCCUCUUCUGCUGUCACCUCGGCAGCCGGGGGGGCUGCUGGCCCUCCCCCAGGACUCUUGUCGGCAGCCAGCGGAAACACAGUGAGAUCUCUUCCAUUGCCUGACCAGCCACCCACAGCGCCUUCUGCCUCUGCGGCCCCGUUACUCCCACAGUGGACAGGGUAAGGGGCUGCAAAGUAGGACUGGCUCCUGCAGGGGAAGAAAUGCCAGUCAGACCUGCAAGCUAAAGCCAGAAUGGCUGUCCUGGGUCUCCAACUAUGUGCUUGGGCGAUAGACUUAUGCCUGCCCCAGGUACGGCACAGCUGAACUGUUUGCGGGGUGAGAAGGCACAAAUGACUUUGAAUGCUGCCAGGGAGGACCCCCUGUUCCUCCUAUUCCAAUGCUCCGGGUUGUUCUUUCUACAUCUGGAUGAAAGUAUUGCAAUAGUAAUGUUACUGAAAAGUGAAUAGAGCCAGGAACUCCUCUUUGUUUAUUUUCAAUUUAUGUAGCUGGUUUUAUUUUAUUGCUUGGUUUUGGAUUGGGUUUUUGUGUUUGGCGGAGUUUGUUCAUAUUUCUGGCUGCUACGCAUUUUCCCUCCUGGGAAGGCAGAGCCCAUGGGAAGCCCUCCUGUGGGGGUGGCUUCUCCCCCCACCCCCCACCAAUGCUGCCCAUCUCAUGCCCACCCCACCUUGCCAAAGGUCCUGGCCAUUCCGAGGGUCUUUCACUGAGUUGCCCGGCCCUCCUUUUCCCUACAAAUGGAGGGAGAGAGAACCUGUGUGGAAGUGGUAUUUCUGAUGGCGCUGGGAAAGUCCCACGUUUAGUUGGCAGAGCUGAGGAGGGUGGAGGGGAUGCAGGUGAGUCUUAGAAUCUCCUCCAGCAUCCCCACCAGGAUUUCCCAGGUCCAUAUCAUCAGGAACUGACUCAACAGAGAGUCUCGGAGUUACGGGAACUUCCCCCAGCGUGGCCCAGCUGCCCACCUGGUGCGCAGUCCCACACCCCAGAACCAAGUCUUUCGGGUGCUGAUUUCUUUAUAAUUGCAUCUCGAUUCCCUUUUGAGUUUUUGUCAUAGAGACAAGGAGCCUUGUAAAUGCAAAGGUCCUCUCCAAUAACCCCACAUUUCCCGCCUCACCCAGAGAGUCACAGUCAUCAGAGAGGCUUUGGUGUCUUUUCUCAGUCAUUUCUGCUCCAAAACCUAGAGGAGGCUUCUGCUGGAGUGAAUGACCUUCCACACUCAUCCAGGCCAAGCCUCAGCUGGGGGGCCAUGGGGUGGAGGGGGGCGGAGGGUGAAACAGACGUUAUUUCCUUCCAAAGGCCCCAUAAUUGGAACCUCGGAGGGGCUCACUGAGCACGACCAUUGAUUGCCCUGACUCCCCCUCUUCCUCCUGCAGACUUGUUAUGGUGACCUUACCUUUGUCAGGGAGAGAGGUGAGAGCUCCGUCACUGGAGCACGGGGUCGGCCCUGCGUUCUGAACAAGAGUUCACCUCUCAGAAAAUCCUUUUCCCCAAAAUGAGCUGGUAGAACUGGACUGUUCCUACCACCCCUGCAGCCCAGAGCCGAGGGCAUGCUGGGACCCCAGACAAUGGACAUGUGCACGUGCACAGGUCACAUUCCCUGUGACCUCACACAAAGAAAAGUCAAAAUGUUCAGAAUGGACGCAAUGAGCUGUCCUUGACACCUGGAGGCUUCCUCUUGUUCUUACGAGGUCUCCUGGGGCAGCUCUGCGACCCCAUGCUGUGGGCCGUGUUGACUGCCGGUGCUGAGAGAGAACGCGUCGGCGUACGUGGGCUUGUGUCACGUACAUUGUCAGGCCAAGGCCAGGUGGGCCUGAAGAACGCCUCGUCCCCCAGAAUGAGUAAAUGGCAAGAACAGCUUAGCAUUUCCUGAGCUGGCCUUGGGCAUGUGGUUUGGGGGUGGGAGCCAAUAGGAAAGGGAAAGAAUGUUCUCUACCCACUUACAACCACUCCUGUUUCAUCUAGUUCUUGGACUCUCCACCAACAAGAAAACCUUUACCAAGAUA